ACUAUAAAACACAAGCAGCAUUAAAAGGAGAAUUAUUUGCAAGCAAGAAAUCAACAGCACACAUCAUCACAGAUCAACUUCCUGCAAGAAGACAGUGAAAAUGGCUGCUGCUGAAAUGGAGCCAGAUCUCAGGAUUGUUCUUGUUGGGAAAACUGGAGUUGGUAAAAGUGCAACAGGAAACACCAUUUUAGGAAAGAAAGCUUUUGAGUCUGAACUCUCUCUUUCCUCUUGGACAUCGGAGUGUAAGAAGGAAACUAAUAGUUUUGCUGGUCUAAAUCUGGCUGUUAUUGAUACUCCAGGUCUGUUUGAUACACAUAUGAGUAAUGAAGAGGUUGUGAAAGAAAUCGCUAAAUGCAUCAGCAUGGCGGCUCCUGGUCCUCAUGUCUUCCUGAUUGUUCUCCAACCGACCAGAUUCACAGCAGAAGAAAAACAAACAGUGGAAAUAAUUCAGAAAAUGUUUGGAGAAAAAGCUGCCAGAUACACCAUGAUCCUAUUUACCCAUGGAGACGAGCUGAAAAAGGGAAACAUUAAAAUAGAAAAACUGUUAGAAACAUCCCAACCUCUAAAACACAUCAUCAGUCAGUGCUCAAUCCUGGAGAAAUUUAAAGAUAAAUAUCAUGUUUUUGACAAUGAAGUUGAGGAUUCUGCUCAAGUUGGUGGACUGGUGAAGAAGAUCAACAGAAUGGUUCAGAGAAAUGGAGGAAGUUUCUACACCAGUAAAAUGUUUAAAGAGGCAGAAAGAGCCAAGCAAGGAGAAAUGAAACGACUCCUCAAAAAAAAUCCAGAUAUGAAUCCUGAGGAUGCAAGAAGACAGGCAGAGAGAAACAACUCAUUUAUCGGGGCUGUCCUGGGGGGUGCUGCUGCAGGAGGUGUUGUUGGAGCUUUCGGGGGACCAAUAGGAGCUGCUGUUGGAGGUUUGGUUGGAGCCGUGGUUGGAGGUGUAGCAGCACUGCAAGCGAAGGGAGUAUGUGUUAUACAGUGAUGAAUUGUUUGAUGCUUUGGCCACAACUUAUUAAACCCUGAUUUUUAUGAAUAACAAAAUAUGUAUCAGUAAUAAAAUAUUUGAUCAUGUAAUUAAUUUGUUAAUAAAUAUUUCAGCCUCUGUGGCUGAGAUGAGGAAGGAAAAACCUUUUUGUCUUUAUUACCAAGUUCUUUGAUUCCUGUUUAUUUCAGUCGCAUGUAAAACUGUCAACAGUCUGAACAAUAUAGUGAAUAAAUGUAAAUAUAACUUGUAGUGUAAAGAACCUGUGAGCCAUCAAUGAGGGUAGAAACUAUUUCUAUCCUCAUUGAAAAAGUGAAACUAUUUCAGUCCUAUUUUCAACAAUAUAUUUUAGGUAAUGGGAAAUCUGAUUGCAUAUUAAUUAAACUGCUCUUUAUUUUCUAAAUCAAAUCAACAAAGAUAUCAGGGGAAAUUUUCAAGCAAUUCUAGUUUUGGUUCAUUUGAUUGUAAAGGAUUCACACAAAGGUUUAAAUAACUUAUGAACAUAAACUGUUUAUUUUCAUAAAACGUGAAAAUGACAGGGUGAACUGAGAGGAUGGACACAUGAAUGUCAUAAAAUGGUUGAUUAAAUGAUCAAAAUACAGACUAAAAUCCUCAACACAAAUAUACUGGGUUUGAUUCCCAACCAUCAGACAUUUGAAACAUAUUUUCCACUUUCAUGUCUUUUUUGGGUGUUUCCUCAGAUUAUCUGUCUCAUAACAAACUGUUACAAAAAGUGACAGUUUGAACAAAUAUGUAAAAAUUUAUUUUUUAAUAAAAGUUACAUGCAUCUUUAA